CUAUUUGAGUCAUGUUUUCUUCUGUUGUAAUCACCCCUAUGAGUGAUUAAUUUGCUGUCAUUCUGAAAGAAAAUUUAAUUGAAAAAGUCCUUUUGUCAAGAGAGGGUGUAAGGCAAUCUGGGUUCGCAUUACACACCUGUACCAAGGGUAGAGUGGUACACCAGUUUCAGUCUAUUUUGGCCAUUGUUUGCCGCUUUUCAAUCAAAUAGAAGGCAGUGUGCGAUAGUUGUAGAUCGAUCGAAGUACUAGAGCAUGUGCAAGUGGUGCGAUGGGUAUAAAUAUAAGAGGUUGUGUCAACUCUUCUACUAGUUCUAUGACAGCUUGCGUGUUAAUGAAAUCAAAAUAUGCUUUUUCGGAAAAUAGUAAUUUUGUGGAUGGCUGUGAGUCAUUAUGGGUCAAGCCUGUCAAUUCCCAAUAAUUCUAUUCCGAAACAUUACUGUGGAAGCAGUUUGUCGGGCGCGCUUUUUUCUGUUUGUAGGGAAAAUGGUUUUGUUACGCAUUUUACACCCCGCACCGAGUUCAAUCGAACCACGCGAGGAAUAAUUGAAGAAUGUUGCAUCAAUCCCUGCUCAGAAGACCAAUUGAGCCAAUAUUGCCAGAAAAAAAUUGCCAGGAUUUCUAUACCCAUAAAAAGGAAACGAUCACAGAAGUUCGUAGACACAAAUAAAGUUACCAAAAGUAAGAGAAGCCCAACUUCGGCGUGCACAUGUGGAAAUAGAAUCCAUUCCGCGCGAUCAUCCAAGAAUAAAAGGAAAAAUCGUAAGCGUUCUACUAAAGCUCGUCAGACAAAAGAUCAGUCUCUGCGCCCUUCCAUCGACAAAGCACCUAUGGUUACAUCUACCACGGAAAGCCCAUCUAUUGUUGAAGCUCAGUAUAUCGACGAUUGGACCUGGAGUGGAGACGAAGAGGGAUUGUUUUCAGUCAAAUCGCAUUAGUCGAGAUGCCUUCAAAGAGGUGAAUCUGUGUUAGAAUCUAGUUACCAUGACAAUCGAUGUAGCGAGUUAGGUAGAAUUAAAGAUGCACAUGCAUUUCUGAGCUUGAAUAACUUUUGAAGUAGUCGCGCUUGCCUUGACUGUUUUAAAUAAACGAGAAAACAUCCAA